AUGGAUGGCAUCAUUGAGCAGAAGAGUGUUCUGGUACACAGUAAGAUCAGUGAUGCUGGCAAAAGAAAUGGCUUAAUUAACACCAGAAACUUCAUGGCUGAGAGCAGGGAUGGCCUGGUGUCUGUUUACCCAGCACCUCAGUACCAGAGCCAUAGGCUGGUGGCCAGUGCAACACCAAGCAGCCUGGAAGGAGGCAGAAGUGAGCCAGUGCAGCAGCUGCUGGACCCAAACACACUGCAGCAGUCUGUGGAGUCCCACUAUCGUCCCAACAUCAUCCUCUACUCAGAUGGGGUGCUCCGCUCCUGGGGGGAUGGCAUGGCCACUGACUGCUGUGAGACCACCUUCAUUGAGGACCGAUCGCCCACCAAAGACAGCCUGGAGUACCCCGAUGGGAAAUUCAUCGACCUCUCAGCUGAUGACAUCAAGAUCCACACCCUGUCCUAUGAUGUGGAGGAGGAAGAAGAGUUACAGGAGCUGGAGAGUGACUACUCCAGUGAUACAGAGAGUGAGGACAACUUCCUCAUGAUGCCCCCACGGGACCACCUGGGACUCAGCGUCUUCUCCAUGCUCUGCUGCUUCUGGCCCUUAGGCAUUGCGGCCUUCUACUUGUCCCAUGAGACAAACAAAGCUGUGGCCAAAGGAGACUUCCAUCAGGCCAGCACCAGCUCCCGGAGGGCCCUGUUCCUGGCAGUGCUAUCCAUCACCAUUGGAACUGGCAUAUACGUGGGUGUGGCUGUCGCCCUCAUCGCCUACCUCUCCAAGAACAACCACCUGUGA